AAUUAGGCAGGGCACAACGUUCCUUCGCAGAGUGUCUGAAAGGAUUCACUUUCGAAUGCGUCGGUGGGACGCAAACCGAUGAUGAACAAGUUAUAUGCGCAUCUUUGAGCAAUUUUGCGGAUUUGAUCAACCAGAUUGAAGAUGAGCGAGAUCGAAUGUAUUGCUUUCAGCUGGAAAAUGCAAAUUCUUCGGUCGUGAGGCCGUUGGAAGAUUUCAGAAAGAAAUACAUUGGUGGGGCCAAAAAUGAAAAGAAGAAAUUUGAAAAACAGACCGCCAAAUUUUGCCAGAACCAAGAACGGUAUUUGAAUUUAACCACGAAGAAACCGAAUUCUCUUCAAGAGGCCGAUGCUUCCGUGGAUAUGGCUGAACGUCAUUUCUAUACAGCAAGUAUGGAUUAUGUGUAUCUAAUACAAGAAGUCCACGAACGAAAAAAAUUCGAAUUUGUAGAGACGCUUUUGACUUUCAUUUAUUCCUGGUUUACAUUUUAUCACCAGGGUUAUGAAUUGAAGAAGGAUUGCGAUCCGUACUGGAAGGAUCUGCAAACAAAGAUUCAAAAAACGAGAACUAACUUUGAUGAUUUUAGUCAGAUACUAAGAAAACGUAUGUCAGAAGUUCAAAAACAAGAUGAACCUAUAAGGAAUGCCAAAGGAUGCAGGGAAGGGUAUCUGUUUUUGUUAGAAAAAAAGGCUUUUGGUACUACUUGGACUAAACACUACUGCGGCUAUGACAAAGAAACUAAAGUAUUUACUAUGCUUCCUUAUAAUCAGUUGACAACAAAAACUCUUCCUCCUCCCGAGAAAAUGGUCAUAUCUUCCUGUGUGCGCCGAAUGUCUGAUUCCAUAGAGAAACGAUUUUGUUUCGACAUACAAUCCGACGAAAAACCUGGGGUAAUAUUUACAUUUCAAGCGUUGUCAGAUCAAGACAGGAAAGCCUGGAUGGACAUCAUGGAUGGAAGAGAGCCUACGUAUACGACCCCAAGUAAUGUAAAUAAAACUAACAACAUGGAAGAACGUAUUCUCGAUGACCACGGCAUUCAAUUUGUAAAAAAGUGUAUAGAAGUUUUGGAAAAUCGAGGUUUGGAGGAGCAGGGCCUAUACAGAGUGGUAGGUGUUAGUUCGAAAGUAACAAAAUUAUUGAAUAUGGGAUUAGACAGAAGAAAAACUGAUAAAUUUUCGAUGGACGAUCCUGUUGAAUGGGAAACAAAGACUAUAACUAGUGCUUUAAAAAUGUAUUUGAGGAAUCUACCGGAACCAUUGAUGACCUUUCGUUUCCACAACGGGUUUAUAGCGGCAGUUAAAAACGAAUCCAAGCAGACCAGGAUAAAAGACGUUCACACUUUACUGUAUAGACUACCAAAAAGCAAUCUAGAAGUUUUAAAGAUAUUGAUGAGGCAUCUGACCAACGUCGUCGCAAAGUGUGACAAAAAUCUAAUGACCGUAAGCAAUUUAGGCGUUUGCUUCGGACCGACGCUGCUGCGACCGGAAGAAGAGACAGUGGCGUCGAUACUCGAUCUCAAAUUCUACAACAUCGUCGUGGAAAUUCUAAUCGAAAACUACCAAAGAUUGUUUUUUACCGAGCCUGACGCGCCGUCGCCAAAACUCUACAUGUCGACGCCGACCAAUAACAGCCAAAGCGUGUUCGGAUCGCCCAAUAAUCAUCUACCUACUUACAUGAACUCCGAGGAGGCUCUGAGUAGGUCGUACGUCAAUGUCGAACCGAAAAUGGCGACCAAUUACAGGGAUAUCGCGCAGCCGUACACUUGUACUGUAUCAACGUACGGCGAGCCUCGAAUCACUUCAAGCAUGUACAGCGUUCACGAAUCGAGUAAUGGAGGUAUAUACGACAUGUCAAGGAGCGAGCACAUAUCACCCAGGCAACCUCCCAACCAGCAACGUUUCAAACAGUUGAUACCGACAGUCGUAUCGCAAUCCGAGACGAAUUUACCCACUCUGCAUAACUACAGCCCUCCGAAUUUUAGGCCUUACAGUUCCAAACUAGAAACAAAUAGUACGAGUAGUUCAAAUGAAUCAUUAUCGUCAACAUCCAGAGAUGGAAACAAUUUGAUUGGUAUGUUGCCAAAGAAAACGAAACGGACGUCACUGUACAUGGGAUAUCCCAAAAACUACAAGUCACCUGGAUACGUGAAGCUGCAUUCUUCUUUAGUUACUAACACUACCUCUAGGCGGACUAGUCCAACACUAAAUAGAAUAAGACGAGUACGGACAUUGUACGCUUGUUUGGGCGAGCAUGAUGGCGAACUUUCUUUCGAACCAAACCAGAUCAUUACAAAUGUAAAAUCAUCACCGGAACCCGGCUGGCUGGAAGGAACGCUCAACGGCAAAACCGGUUUGAUACCGGAAAACUACGUCGAAGUGCUUCCUUGA